AAUAAUAUCUUGCGAUUUUCAAAGACAUGACUCAUUCCUCCAUUGGCGGAAAAAGAAGGCUGAAGGAAGAGAGAUCAGAUUUGAUCCAAACCUUUGUUUUUGGUUCUUAAAGAUAAGAACCAGAUUUCCACUGCCAAAAAAAACCCAAUCCUCAGAUUCGUCUAUUUUGCUGUAGUUCUGGUUUUUUUUUAAGAUCAUCAAAACAUGUUGGAAGGAAAAGCUUUGGUGGAUGACUCAGAUAUGCCAUUGAAGAUGCAGAUUCAAGCCAUGUCUUUUGCUUCUCAAGCUCUUGAUCUUUAUGACGUCUUUGACUGCACCUCCAUAGCUGGUUUUAUCAAAAAGGAGUUUGAUGGCAAGUAUGGGAGUGGAUGGCAAUGCGUGGUGGGUUCAAAUUUUGGGUGUUUUUUCACACAUUCAAAGGGGACUUUCAUUUACUUUACAAUGGAGAGACUCAAGUUUCUUAUCUUCAAAGGGGCUUCAGCUUCAUCUUCAACCUCUCCUUGAUCCCAUGUGUCUUGUACAUGCAAGAAAAUCACUCCAUUCUCGGCCACAGUUCAUGCUUAUGAUAAGAAUCUGGAUCAUCUGAAUUUGCAAGCUGCUUCUUUACUUCUUGAGUCCGAUAUUGUAAAUUAAGUAGGUUUUUGUUUCUUGGAUUAAAUAUAUCUAAGAAGGUUUCUAGUUACAAAAUCCAGGUGAAGCAACUGGAGUGGUUGCUGCUCGCUAUGAAAAAAGCAUAGCAAUUCUGGGUGUUUAAAGCUCAGAUUCAAUCAUUUGGAACUACAUCGCUGUAAAAUCGAUCGUGGAUAUGUUUCCUUCUUACAAUCAGCUAUUUAGAUUCGAUUCCAG